GCCUACUUAUCAACAGCAGGAUUAAAUUUUGCCACAAUUACAGGCCAAACACUGGUGAUGAGGAGAGGUUCAGCUGAUAGGUGCAUAAAAAUAUUUUAAAAAAGAAUCCCCCACUACUAGAUUAGAGAGGAGCGCAGAUAGAGAGAGAGAGGGAGGAGCGCAGAGAGAAAGGGGCAUAAUUCCACUCACACUGCCCAACCACAGGACAUUCUCUCUCCCCCUCCUCUUCGCUGAAGCAGAAGCUCCUCCUCAUCUUCUUCCUCCCUGCUCUCCUCGUACUCCUCCGACACCCAAGAAGCAAGAAUUGUGGGGGUAGCGAAGGAAUUGGAGGAGAUCUUGCAUGGAUGCAGCCCACUGGCAGCAGAGCUUAGGGCUGGUGAAGCCCAUGGAGGAGAUGCUGAUGGCGGCCAACGCGGGCGCCGCCGCCGCGAACACGGGCCAGGGCUCGAAUCCGAACCCGCCGGCGCCGGCGCCGUCGUCGGUACCUGGGGGAGGCGCCCUGCGCGCCGGCGCGCCGCCGGCCGUGGCGGGCGCGGGUAGCACGGAGCGGCGCGCGCGGCCGCAGAAGGAGAAGGCGCUCAACUGUCCGCGGUGCAACUCCACCAACACCAAGUUCUGCUAUUACAACAACUACAGCCUCCAGCAGCCGCGCUACUUCUGCAAGACGUGCCGCCGCUACUGGACGGAGGGCGGCUCCCUCCGGAACGUCCCCGUCGGCGGCGGCUCCCGGAAGAACAAGCGCUCCUCCUCGUCGUCCGCGUCCGCCUCCACCUCCGCCUCGGUCACGAGCUCGUCUAUGGCCAGCACAGCUGGGGCGGCGUCCAAGAACCCCAAGCUGGCGCACGAGGGCGCGCAGGACCUUAACCUGGCGUUCCCGCACCACAGCGGCUUGCACGCGCCCGAGUUCGGGGCGUUCCCGAGCCUGGAGAGCAGCAGCGUGUGCAACUCCGGUGGUGCAAUGGCGAGCAACGGCCGGGGCGGCGGCGGCGGCGGCGCGGGGCCCGCGGUCGGCGCCCUCUCGGCCAUGGAGCUGCUGCGGAGCUCCGGCUGCUACAUGCCGCUGCAGAUGCCGAUGCAUAUGCCCGGAGAUUACGCGGCGGGAGGGUUCGCGCUCGGAGAGUUCCGCGCGCCUCCACCGUCACAGAGCGUGCUCGGGUUCUCGCUGGACGCGCACGGCCCGGGGCCCGGUGCUGCCGCGGCCGGGUACGGCUCCAGCGCGGGGUUGCAGGGCGUGCCGGAGAACGCGGGCAGGUUAUUGUUCCCGUUCGAGGACUUGAAGCCGCCGGUUAGUUCGGGAGGCGGCGGUGUGGCCACCGGUGCAAGCGGCGGCGACGGCGAUGGAAACAGCGGCCACCCCCAGUUUGACCACAACAAGGACCAAGGAGGUGGAGCCCCCAGUGCCGGGCACGACCCGCCGGGAUUCUGGAACGGCAUGAUCGGCGGCAGUGGCGCUUCUUGGUAAUGCGGCGGCGCCAUGCAUGGCUCAUGCAAAGCCUCCGUGCGAGCGUGCAUGGGCGACUGGAGACAUAGGCAUGCAGUAGAGACAAGGGUUCAAUAAGAGGUUGGCAUUGGUGGUGGUACGGUCGCCGUGACAUGGGAGUCUUUGAUCUCUUCCCUGGUGUUGGUUCUUGGUGUUCUUGGUCCUCUCGCCGUUGUCGUCGCGAGUUCAUGUGUGUUUUGCUGACCAUCGACUUAAUUGGGGCUCUAACACAUCAGAGAGUACAAAAUUCAGGGGGUCAUGAUACAUAGUAGCUUGAUCGACACAUCUCUUGGUCGCCUCUCUCAUUUCUGAUCAAUCUUUCGCUUGAUCUGCCAUGGCAGCUGCUUCACUGUAGCACUGGGGCAAUUGGGAAGCUUCUUUUUAGGCCGGCUUCGAGUUAGAUGGUACAUCGUAAUAGUACUAGUACAUUCUGUGUGUGAGAAUGGGUGGCUCCAGGCCAGUGUGUUCACGCCACACAUUGACACAGGGUUUAGUGACUCAGUGUGUGUUUGUGGUUGGUAACAACAAUCCAUGCAGCGCGUGGAACUUUGGAGCUUCUGGUGUAGAAGUAGAUCUUAAUUUGAAGGGGAUUUUCAAGUUUGUAUUGAUCCAAAGAAUAUCAGAGCUACUGUUUUAUUGUUUUUAACUGGCUACUUUAAUUA